AUGGGCAUAGUUGACUUAAUUGACCAAGCAUUAAAUAGAAGUCCGCAGCCAGAGACUCAUGAGAAAAAAAAAUAUUAUAGGAUAGGAAAGACGCUAGGUUCUGGUACAUACGGAUCUGUUAAAGAAGCAACCAAAAUUACAACAGGACACAAAGUAGCCAUUAAAGUGAUAGAUAAAAAAAAGGUUAAGCAUCAAGAAUCAAUGGUAAAACAAGAAAUGGAGAUAUUAUCACGAUUAGAUCAUCGUAAUGUAGUAAAAUUUUUUGAUUGGUUUGAAUCAAGAGAUAAAUAUUAUUUGGUUUUUGAACUUGCGACAGGAGGAGAAUUGUUUGACAGGUUAAUGGCACGUGGGAAAUUUACUGAAUGUGAUGCUGUUGAGGUUAUUAAGACUGUACUCAUCGCGGUUAAAUAUCUACAUGAGAAUAAUAUUGUACAUCGAGAUCUGAAACCGGAAAAUCUGAUUUACAGAAAUAAAAAUGAAGAUUCAGAGCUUGUACUUGCAGAUUUUGGUAUCUCUAAAGUUAUAUCAGAUAGUGAUGAUAUAAUGAUGACACACUGCGGGACUCAACUUUAUGCGGCUCCUGAAAUUUUAAAACGUAUGCCAUAUUCGAAAUCCGUUGAUUUAUGGAGUAUUGGACUUUGUGGUUAUCAUCCGUUUCAAGCAAGAGAUAGCGUUGCUUUCUUUGAGGAAGUAUCUAAUGCUCGUGUCAAAUUCGAAGUUCGAUUCUGGAGAAACGUGUCAGAAGAUGAUCCAUCAAAACGGCUAACAGCCGAAGAAGCUCUAAAACAUAAAUGGAUUACCGGAAAUGUGGCCAAGGAUGUAGAUUUAUUAGAAGAUUUCAUGGAGAACUUUAACGCACGUAAAACAUUCCGAAAAGCGGUUGAUGCGGUUCAAGCAGCAAAUCGACUUCGAACUACCACACAGAGAUUUAGUGGUGAUUUUGAAGAAAUUAAGUAUGAGGAAGAGAAUAGUAGGACAAAAGAAAAUAAUGAAAAUGGGCAAAAGAAGAGAGAAUUAUACGCCGUCAUUUAA